GUACUGCGUCUGAAAAAGUUGGUAAUCCGCCUCACUCUAGCCAACAAACGCUGGACUGCUGGCAACUUCAGUGCGCGCUGAGAAGACAAAUUUAGUGUAUGCGCGAAGCAUUUAAAAUGUGGCAUACCGACUAGCUCUGCUGCGCUGGUCAUGUUUCUGGCGUUGUCGGUGACAAUGGCUGGCUCCUUAUCCUGAAUGCCCCAUUCGUCCACGGCCCUCUUCAGCAAAUCCGCGAUGUUACUGCCGGCGUGGCUCUCAUGCAUUGCCCUCGUUUGCAAAACAUGCGUAACCAUUUCCCAGUCGUUGGAGAUGUAGUGGGACGUUAUGGUCACAUCCGACUGUGUGGCUCUGGAGGUCCAUCCGUCGCAGGUCAAUGCAACUCGUUGCGCAGCGCCAAGGGAUGUUUUAACCGCUUUCUUCACCUCUUCAUACAUCGCGGGUACAGCUGUGUCCACCAUGUACCCUCGUUGUGGUAUCUUGUAACGUGGCUCUAAAGUUAGACAGACUAUAGAUUUAAAUGUCUGUGUUGAUAGAAUAAUGUUAGAAAUAAAACUAACCUUGCAUCACAUUAAUCAUCGAGGGACUACUUUCUCAGCAGAAGCGGAAUUCUACUAUGCGCUGGUUAGGUUUGUAACCGAAUCACGACAGAAGAACGUAAACAGAGAAGGGUGGGACAGAAGCGCAAUUGAACGACUAGGCAACAUGAUGGUUCCGUGUGCUUUUAGAAAUUGUAGAAAUAAACGGUACAGGUGGGCACCACAAAGUUUCCACCAAUUUCCAGUGCGAGAUCCAGAAAGGACUCAACUGUGGCUUGUUGCUGCUGACUUUGACAUCAAAACACCGGCUCGUACAUGUACGGUUCGUUGGAUACAACACAUUCCUCAUAAUCGUCUUCAAAAGCAGAUGCAUCGCUAACUCCUCCAAACGUGGCCAUAUCUUGUUAAUUUAAUACGCUUGUAGAAUUCCUUCGUUCACUGUACUCUGCGUUUGUAGCAAUGACAGCGGCAGGUGACCUAGGUAUCAGUCCGCCGCUGCCGUAGCCUACGUACAGGAAUAUAAACACUGCUGCUGAGACCCCGCAAUUCCCUCAAAAUGCAAUGCAAUGCAAGGUCAGCCCUGGGUCCCACCCUCCUGUGUGGUGGUUCACCAUCUUCCAGGAGGUCCACCGCCUCCUCCGGUCCUCCUUCCCCUGGGUCAGGGUGAGGGUGGACAGGCAUAAGGCCAACUGUCUUCUGCAGCCCAUAGCUCAUCACCAGCUGGCUAAAUACAUCAUGGCCCGUCUGGAGAAAGAGUUGAUCCCCUGGAACGGUCUGGAGAAGGCUCUGCUCACCACGCCACACAUCUUCCAGCAUUACGCCGUCUACCUGGUGGCUAAUAGCAUAGCCGGGCUGGUCCCGGAUCAGCUAGCACCUAGCCAGAAGGACCUGCUGAGGAUGGAGUGUACGCUGAAGAGCCUGCCUCCCGGCUCCAUGCUCACCGUCAGCAGCGACCUGGUGGACGACCUCAUGGUCAAGCUGGUACUGAGGCUCCAGCCCCUGAACGGCGAGGGCUACAGACCGCUGAACCAGCAGACGCUCCUGACCACCACUCUCAAGAUGAGUUGUUCCAUCCUGGCCACACUAAGGAAUAUGCCCGGCAUCACCGUGGACACCAGCCUCCCUUGUCCGUGCUGGGACAUCAGGAGGCUUGCCAUGCUGGUGCAUUGCGGCCUUACCAAGUCCUUGGGUUCCUCUCUCCAGGGCCCUAAUGUGCUCGUCUCCAUCCUGUGGGAGGUUGUCGAGGCCCUGCUGGCCCGGUACCAUUCAGACCGCCCUGAGGAAUCCUCCAUCCCCACCCAAGUUCCCAGGGUGAUGCAGGAGGAGCAGGAGAUGGAGGAAGAGCUGCUCAGCCAGAGACUUCCUGAGCAGCUCAGGGAGCAACUCUACGGGACGUUUGGCACGUGGGUCCAACACGGCAAACUCUUUGGCAGGGCUCUCCCACCGAUGAGCACCGCAGAGCAGGACCUGAGAGGAGGGGGCGCAGCCGUCCACAGCAACACUCUGGCUGACGACCCUGUUGCUCUGGACCCCAGUCUGGACGCCCCUCAGAAGGAGCAGCCCGACAGCCACUGCCGUUGUGAUCCGUCUGUGAUGGAGAACAGUAGCUGUGGACCCGUCACUGGAGAUCUCCUUCCUCCAGCACCCCACCCGGAGAACGGAGAGUCUAACUCCGUCUCCACAACCGACCCGGUUGUGAUCCAGCGGUCCACCGUUGGAUUCAUUGUGGCCCAGCUGUUCAGAGGCCGGGACGAAAUGUCCUCCCCGUCCCACAUCGACCGUUACCGGGCCUUCCAGAACCUGGUUGUCCGGGAAGUCCACCUCCUGCUGCAGGAGGAGGCCACCAUGAACCAGGACAACCCUGGAUUUGAGCGGACCCUGGAGCGCCUGAAGGACCCCGUGCAGGAGGAGAAACUGGGUCUGCAGCUUCGCUGGGUGCUUGAGGAUAGGCUGAAAGAGGCCUUGCCCGGCGUGUGCCUGUCCAGGGACGGCCUCAUGAAGGACCCCCCGAACACCCUGCUGGCCUGCUCCCUGAUCGCCACAGAGGUGCUUGAUCACCUGAAGACCUCUGUGAGCUCUCCUGACGACAACAAUGAGGCAGAGGAGUGUCUUCACGGGGAACAGUUGUUGGCCCCCGCUAAGGAUCCCCAGAACCCCCUGCCGGCCCCUAAUGAACCGGACCCCCAGAAUCCCCCUGAUGACUUCAAGGGAGCAGAGGAGUGUCUCCACGGGGAAGACACAACGUUGGUCACCUCCCCUAAGGAGACUGUGGAGGUGAAGAAGAAAAAGAGGAGGUGGUCUUGGCUUCGCCGGCUCUUCACCUGCAAAAGAAAAUAAGCACGCCACUGCUUGUAUAUAACUUGCAUUUAUUGUUUUUCUUAUUAUUGUUUUAUACCUUGAUUUAUUUUGUACAUUUUUGGAAUGAAUUAUUGUGCUCAAAUAAAUGUUUCCCUGAAUUCUCUAUACUAUGAAUAAGACUCUAAAUGGCAAUGUUAAAAGGCAUUUAGCUUCGAGGACCUGUGGUUGCGAGGCCGUUUCAAAUAAAAUUGUUGG